AUGCAAGAACCUCCAAAGAGCGUUGAAGAAUUCUUAAAGUUUCAAAAUUGGGAUUAUUGGCCAAGGGAUAUCCUUUUUGAAGAUAAUGAUAAAUGGGUAUACAUGCUGAAUAAAAUAAAAGAAGAUAGCUCAUUCACUUCAAUCUAUACACAUCUACGGGAAAAUGUCCCUCAUAUAUAUGAUACCCUCGUGCUCAUGGAGUCAAGAUUAAAGGAAUGUUCAGUUCUUUUGGAAAACCAUGCUGCUCACAUAUUUGAAUGUGACAGCAUAAUUACUGGGAUAGGUUCUCAAGGAAAAUUGGAAAAAUACAAGGCAUUUAUAAAGAAGUACCAUAAGAAAAAGAUGAUAAUGCUUUCAGAUGAGACGGAGACAAAGAAGAAUAUAGAGGCUUGCAACUUCUCAGAAUUCAAAACAAAUGAGCUUACUCAACUACCCAGACAAUUGGAUGCUGGACGAAUUUUUCUUUUUAUUUUAAAAGCCCAUAACUUUGAUGAAAAAGUUCUUAAAAUCUGGAGGACUCAUUUUCUCUCAGAAGCCUCUAUUGCUCUUUUGCAUGAUUGCUUUUGGUGGUGGUUUCUCCAUAAAUUUAAGCCUGACAAAGAAAACCAAGAUUUAUUGUUUGAUAGAAUUUCAGAAAGUUAUGUGACACUUUUCAUGUGCAUACCUCUAAGACGAAAGGAUGCAUUCUUUCAGGUGUACCCUGAUUGUUUGGCACAAGCUAUCUAUGCAACAUUCCAUGAAGCAUUUCCAGAAUCCAGUGAUCUCUUUAAUGAUGUAUUUAAGGAAGAACUGGGGAAUAACAUUUCUCUUUGGUUGUCAGGUUUAAAACCACAAAAAGGCUUUUGGACCCACUGGAAACUGAAAGAAUUAUCCACAACAACCAUACAUGGUACCAAAAGAGCACCUUCAACCUCUGUAAAGGAGAGAAUAGCAAGAAGUCAAGAACGCAUAAUAAAUUCUAUAGACUUCAAUAUGAUGAAAAUUUUAAAGAAAUCAACAGCAUAUACAACAUCCACAUCCAAUGAAGAAUCAAGAUUACCAAAACUAACAAUAAAGUCCCAUUAUUGUAGCUCUGGUCCAGAGUUUAAACGUGUGCUCUUCAACUUUGGAGGUCAGAGUCCACUGAUUUCAUAUUAUCUUCAGAUGCAUCAGCUAGCUGGUACUUUCAAAGGCCCUCGACAAACCAAGGUUAAACUCACUGAAAUAGCACGAGAACCAUCACCUGCUCCAACUUAUCAGGAUAUUAUAAAGGAAGCAAAGAGACAAUUUGCAAGGAAUCGAAAGGAUUUCAGAAUACUCCAAGUAAAGGCUACCAAGAAGCCUUACGAAGUUGCAGUUGACUUCGAGAAGUUCCUACAUAUGCUGCGAUGUGAAACUCAAGUUGAGAGAGAAUUUCUGGCAUCAUCAUCAUCAUCAUCAUCAUCAUCAACAGAAGACAACAACUUUGAGGAAGAACACUAA